GCAGGCAUGAGCACACUCUCUCAUCUAGCAUACUCUUUCUUUGGGAAGAACACAUUUCUUACCAGUCCCUAGUCUCAGAGUGGUGAACUCCUGCAACCAGCAGGCCUCCUGCAAAAUCCAUGGGUGACAGAAGAUUCAUUGACUUCGAAUUCCAAGAUUUAAAUUCAAGCCUCAGACCCAGGUUGGGCAAUGCUACUGCCAAUAAUACUUGCAUUGUUGAUGAUUCCUUCAAGUAUAAUCUGAAUGGUGCUGUCUACAGUGUUGUAUUCAUCCUGGGUCUAAUAACGAACAGUGCCUCCCUGUUUGUUUUCUGUUUUCGCAUGAAAAUGAGGAGUGAGACCGCCAUUUUCAUCACCAAUCUGGCCCUCUCUGAUUUGCUCUUUGUCUGCACCCUGCCUUUCAAAAUAUUUUAUAACUUCAAUCGUCACUGGCCUUUUGGCGACACCCUCUGCAAGAUCUCUGGGACUGCAUUCCUUACCAACAUUUAUGGGAGUAUGCUUUUCCUCACCUGUAUCAGUGUGGAUCGUUUCCUGGCCAUUGUUUAUCCCUUCCGAUCUCGUACCAUUAGGACCAGGAGGAAUUCAGCCAUUGUGUGUGCUGGGGUUUGGAUCCUAGUCCUCAGUGGUGGUAUUUCAGCCUCUUUGUUCUCCACCACUAAUGUCAACAAUGCAACCACUACCUGCUUUGAGGGCUUCUCCAAACGUGUAUGGAAGACCUAUUUGUCCAAGAUCACCAUAUUUAUUGAAGUUGUUGGGUUCAUAAUUCCUCUAAUAUUAAAUAUAUCUUGCUCUUCUGUGGUGUUGAGAACCCUCCGAAAACCUGCUACACUGUCUCAAAUUGGGACCAACAAGAAAAAAGUAUUGAAGAUGAUCACAGUGCAUAUGGCAGUGUUUGUGGUAUGCUUUGUGCCCUACAAUUCUGUCCUUUUUCUGUAUGCCCUAGUGCGCUCCCAAGCCGUUACCAAUUGCUUGUUGGAAAGAUUUGCAAAGAUCAUGUACCCAAUCACAUUGUGCCUUGCCACUCUUAACUGUUGUUUUGACCCUUUCAUCUAUUACUUCACCCUCGAGUCCUUUCAGAAGUCCUUCUACAUCAAUGCUCAUAUCAGGAUGGAGUCCUUAUUUAAGACUGACACACCACUGACCCCCAAACCUUCCAUUCCAGCCAUUCAAGAGGAAGGUAGUGAUCAAACUAUGAAUAACGGUGGUGAAUUAAUGCUAGAAUCCACUUUCUAGGUACGGGAACUGUCACUGAGUCAAGAUAAUGUUUUUUCGCUAUGAUAUGAAUAUGGAAAAGAUUUGAAGAUAAUGAGAAUGAGAAUAGGAUAAUGUACUAAAUAUAGUCAGAUACUUCUGUUUGAACAAUUAUUGUACAUGUUCUGUUUUGUUCAAUAAUUAUAGGCCAAGUCUAAUUACAGCAAUCAAAAAGGAUUGCCACACUCUUCUGCUGGAAUGACAUUUCAUCGUAUGACAUUAUGUAAGUUGUCAGUGGCCUUGACUUUAGGGAUAUGAAUAUUAUUUAAAAACCUUUAAAAGGAUAUUUUCAUUUCAAUGAUAUUUAGUAAUUGGAUUGGGCCUAUAAAUAUAGAGCAAAUUCAGGUGUUUUUUGUUUAACUUUGUGUUACUACUGAUGUAUCCUACUCCUUUUCUUUUGUGAAUUGUCAUUGAGUUUGUUUUAUCACAAUGGCUUAUUUUAGUCUAACAUUAUUAACAAGAAAUGUAUCAAAUUCAAAAAGCUGACAAAAUGUAUUUUAUGUACUUUGAAAUCAGAAAAAGAAAGUCUUUGUAUGAAUAAAUAAGAGAAGAAAUAGAGAAUUAACAGGAUUUACAUAUUUGCAGUCACUAGCAGUCUUAGUUUUCUAGAACUUUUCUUCCUUUUUCUAUGCUGCAUAUUGAUUUUCAUAUAGAAAUUUGAAGCCAAAAAGCUGGUAAAUGUGCCCAAGAUGGGCACAAAAUGUAAAACCACAUAAAAGACAAGUUAAUAAAAGCACUAAACACCAGCUUUAUAUGGAAAGAGAUCACAGAUAAGCAAAGCACUACUAAAGAAGAAUAUAGAAGGAGGCCACUCCCUUCCUGUUCUCAAAACCUACUACAUAGCUAUGGUAGUCAAAGAAGCCUGGGACUGGUACAACUCUAGAUAGACAGA